AUGCGUGAAGGAGAAAAGGCUUCUUCGCGUGGAUCAAGUCUACGUUCGGUAGGUACAGGAAACACAGGCUUGCUGGCCAACCUGUACACGCCAGCGAUUGAAUUUCUCAUGGAAGCUAAGCUCAUCUACAGAAAGGAUCGCCAGUGGCGUUACAUGAAGACUGCCAAAAUACACAGCGAUGACUUCAAGCUUCGGAAAUACUCUAUUGUUGUCCGGCGAGUCAUUUCUAGAAAAGGGACUGUCACAGAUACCAGAGUGGAUGUGAAGGGUCACAAGCUCGCGGAGCUGUUGAAAGAUGUCCUUCGAGAUCUCGGGCAGCUUGAGUUGUCGAAAACUCCUCCAGAGCUUUCACCCCGUCAGCUUUAUCAUGCAUGGCCCGGUCUAAAGAAGCGUCUUGAAGAAGAGCAAUCAAAAGCCCCCCAGGAUGUCGAGUUCAUGAAGGAUCUCACCACAGCUAUUAGCUAUCUCGAAACAGACUUCGGAAAUGUGGACGCAAAUAUGCUGUCACUACUGAAUCGUGGUCAGAUCACGUAUGAGCUUCUUUGGGCUCUCUUCACGCCACGCGAAAUCCUCUUUUCUGACGAAAACAUUCUUCGAGAACCUCAAGCUUACAUGUUCUCCCACGGAGACUAUGUCAAGAUUCCUACACAAGGGAAUGUCUUUGAGGUAACGGGGAAGAUGCUACAUCAUGACGGCCGUCGAUUUGGUUGGGGCUUCCCGACUUGUAGGAUCAAGGAGUUCGUGGGAGAAAAGGCUAUUACAAGCCUUCCAUGCUUUCCAUUAAGCCAUCACCAUUCCCAAAUAGCCAUUCGCGAAGGUCUCAUCGCCCGCGGUCGCGAUUACGUCAAAUAUGCCACAAAUCCUGUCUGUCUUGAGUAUCAGGGUCUUGCAGUCACUCAACAUACAAACAUCAACGGAUUGCGAGAGGAGCAGCAAAUUGCUGUGACAGCCCGCAUUAUGGCAGAUCCCGGAACAUUCAACAAUCAGAACCCAAAUGACUACCUUCUAGCACAGCCAUACGUUCAAUCUGAUCAAGAAGUUGAGAGUGUCGAGAGUCUUAAUGAUCACGAGGUCAUGCUUAGUAACCACAGGAUUCAGGGAUUUGCCUUCAACCAAAAGGUAUGGGCCGCUUUUGCCAUCUCAAGAGUCAAACCCGUCAUUUGGAAUGAGAAGGCUUUUGACAAGCUUAUUCUGGAUAAACAACGGAAAAAGAUGAUCAAGCUCCUCGUACAAGGUCAUCAGAUACAUGAAGCGGCCUUCGACGAUUUUGUGCUUGGGAAAGGCAAGGGCCUGGUUGGCCUAUUGUCUGGCCCGCCGGGUGUAGGAAAGACUCUCACAGCAGAGGUCGUGGCUGAAAUGUCACGAAGGCCGCUUUAUGUGAUCUCAGCCGGUGAACUUGGGAUCACAGUGAACAGAGUUGAUGAGCAAUUGGGAUCAGUGCUCGAAAUCACGCGACGAUGGGGCUGCGUGCUGCUCAUUGAUGAAGCAGAUGUGUUUCUUCAUAAACGAGGAGAAGUACAGCUGGAGAGAAACGCACUUGUGAGCGUAUUCCUGCGAAGAUUAGAGUACUUUCAAGGAAUCGUGAUGCUCACUACUAACAGAAGGAAAGAUAUUGACCAGGCUUUCAAAAGUCGCAUUCAUUUCAGCUUUCAUUAUUCGGCCCUCAGCGAGACAGACAGAUUCAAGAUCUGGCAGGAAAUGCUGGGUAAUGUGACAGAAUUCGUCCAAAGCGUGGAGUUCAGCGACACAGAUCUGAGGACUUUGGCCGAAAGACCUAUGAACGGACGUGAGAUCAAGAAUGCGGUUGCGUCUGCUGCAUCGAUUGUGCGAGCUGGCAAGGAGCCUCUGACGGCGACGUUGGUAACGACUGCGAUCCGAAGUUUGGUGGACGACCAGGAGUCGGACGAAGAUAUUUGA